AUGAACAAGCAAGUCAAUUUAUAGCCAAACAUCUUUAUUGAUGAAGAAAUGGAUUGCGAUUCUAAAGACUUUGAUGAGGGAUUCUCAGCUGCAUAAUCAUUUAUUGAUCCUAAAAUAUAGCAUUGCACUUUAGAUGGCUCAAUUCUUAAAAGCUUCGAUAAAGUAACCUAGUAUAACAAUUAAACUUAAUCUCCUUCAAAUGAAGAUACUAGAGUAUAUAAUUUAUAUUUAACCUCUGUAUUCUAGAUAAUAUAUAGCAACUAAUACAAAAUGAAAAAUGACUUCACUAGAGGAGGAUUGCAACUAUAGCUCAAUAAUCUAGUCUAGUCUUUUGCUGCCUCAACUACGGUCUCUCCUACAAAUUUAAAUUAUUAGUCAGUGAGCACUAAUUUUUAAUCAGUAAAAUCCCCAAAAGCCAUUAACAUUCAUGAGAACUACAGUUCCUAGAUUAUUAUAAAUAAAGAGAGCAUGAAAGACUUCUAGUAAUUUAAAGCUAACUCUCCUGAUAAAAAUAUACAAAAGACAAUUCUCUCAUCUCAUUAAAGGCAUUAAACUUUGACCAAUAACCCCUCUAUUCCCGCAUAGAAUAACUAAGGCAAAGGAAAUAGUACUGCUUCCUUUGGCACUGAGUAAAUCCCAUACAAGCUAGGAACAACUAAAUCUCAAAAAAUAUUUCAAAAAGACGUGAAGAAACCUGCUACGACUAGAUACUCGGGGGCGAACUAAAAAUAGAAAGAAAUUGCUUUUAAAGAUAAAAAGAAGCCAAAGGAGGAAAAGCUGCUAAUUAAUGAGCCAUAGAGUGUGGAAACUCGCACGAGGCAGAACAGCCAGUUAAUUGCACCCUAGCUCAAACUGGAUGUCCUUUAGUAGCUAAAUAUGAAUACUAUGACUAAUAGAGUCUCAUAAUACAGGAAUAAUUAGAUGGGUUAGAAAUUGAUUACUUAAUCAUCUGCUAGUACUAUAAAAUCAACAAUACUAGAUGAGAAAUCGCCGAUGAACAACUUUGAAGAGCCUUUCAAUAUUCAGGACAAAACACAAAACAGGAUACAAAAAUAGCCAUAGAGUAAGAUCUCUGAUUUUUCUCAGAGAAAGCAGAGAUCAUAGGAACGAGAUAAGUAUAGUAGUUUCCAUAAUACUAUAGACAAUAAAAUGAUGAAUACAAAAAAUAAUAACACUAUGAGUAAGGAAAAUGUAGAAUAAGACAAUUAUAAUCAAAAGAUAACUUAACUAAUGCAGAAAUUUUUGAGAGGUGAGAUUAGCAAGGAAAAGUUCAUAAAGUAGUAAAAAUAGCUGGAUGCAAAUAAGCUAGCCUAAAUUAACCCAACACUUGGCUAGUCUCAAUCUUAAGCAGUAUUUAAUUAUACACUUUCACCAAGAAUAGCUGAUUAAUCUGUUAAAAUCCAUCAAAAAAAUAAGGAAAAUGUGAUAGCAAGUUUUACUAAUAGAAUGUCUGAUUAUCAAAGAUAGGUAUAGUAAAAGCGCUUAGACUAAGAAAGGUAAAAGCAUUAAUAACAAUAGGAAACUGUACUAAAUUAGUGCACUUUUAAGCCAGACUUGUCACUGACUAGAAAUUAAACCAAUAGUAUAAAUAUGAAGCUGAUAUCUGGCUAGACUGUUGAAGACGAUAAAAUGGGCCAAGAAUAGUCAUAAAUUUUGCUUAACAACAUAGGAUCUGAUUUUGAUUCAUUUUAUGCUAGAUAGCAGAUCUUUACUAGUAAGUAUAGGGAAAACCUUAGGAGAAAGUAGGUAGAACUUGCAGAAAAGGAGUUGUAGGUCCUCUUAGAUAGCAAGGGUAAAAAAGAGAAAUAGCAUAAAAUCUUCUUCUCAAAUGAUGACACUCAUAAUCACAGUGAUAAGAAAGUUAAAAAUUAUGCUGCUCUUGAAAAGAGUUCUAUGAUAUAGUAGUAGGCAGGAUCUCAAUAUAUGAAUUCAGGUAAAAAAUCUUCUAACAAAUCUCCCAAGUAAAAGUAAUUUAAAUACAACAGAGAAACUUCUUAUAAUAAAUUAGACAUUUCAACAAGGGGAUAAACCUAAAAUUAAAGUCUUAAUAAAUCUAAGAAAAGUUUUGUCCUUAAAAAUGAUGAUCAGGUUUUUAAAAGACUCUCAACACCACUUACGAAGUCGAUGAGAGAAAAAAGUCUAAGAAAUAUACUAAGUAAAGUAAAUGAGCUACAAACAUGCCGCAAUCAACUAUAAAAAGCUCUGAAUGAAGAUCCCAUUAAAAACCAGAAGAAGCAGGAGAGCUUGAUAACUUAAAGACUAGCUGCUGAAAUUUAGAAACGCAAAAAUAGCAAGGAAAAGUGGAAGUAAAAGAAUUUUAUACAAAUUUAGGAAGAAAUUGAAUAGUAAUUCAAUCAGAUGCUUCUCAAAAAUCAAUAUGAUAGCAUAGAUGAGUAUGAACUGACAAGCAUCUAGUUUUAAAAAUUGCUCUAAAAUCUAAAACUAAUAAACAAAGAUGAUAAGUAAAGUUAAAUAGUUGAAUAUGUCAUAGAAGAUAUUUAAGGUCCUCUGAUAAAGGAAAAUAUUGUGGAAUUCCUUAGAAAAAUUAUAUUCUGCACUAUGGAAGACAAGUAUUAAGCUAAAAGAUAUUAGUCCAUGUUAAAACAUAGAGAGGAUAGCAAACUUUCAUAGUUAAAAGGAUUUACUGGAAUUAUUAAUAAAGAGGUUAGCAUUUUAAACAUUUCUUAGAACCAAUCCUUGAAUCAUAGCUUUUCUCCUAAAAUAUCUGCAAGAAAUAGCAAUUUGUCCUAGAAGCGUAGGUAGAAGUAUCUCUAGCUACUCUCUCCUUAGACUGAUAAAUCCUUUGGAACAAACAAUAGCAUUGACAGAAGGCAAAAUCUUGGCCUUACAGAUCAGUUUGAGUAUCUCUAGAGAAUUAAAUCCUAAAGAUUGGAUAAGCUAAGAAAAAACCAGCAGGAUUAGGAAGACAGUUAAUGCACAUUCAAACCAAUAAUAAAUAAAAAAUCUCCUACUUCCAGGGAAAAGGCUUUGGCAUUAGCUUAACAGCAAGAUGUGUUCUCAAAGUUAAAUGAUUAUGCUCGUAUUAAAUAGUAAAAGCUGUAAAAAUAGAUAUUGCAAGAGAAAGCUGAGAAAGAGGCAGAGAUUGCAAGUCAAUAGAAAAAAAUGACUCAAAUACCUCAUAAAUAGAGAAGAUCUAUGUAGCCUUUAAAAGUGAGUUAAAAAUAAUCUCGGACUCCAAGUCCAGACAAAAAAAGGAAAAGUAUAAAUUAAGCAGGAGCACAUAAAAAUCAUCAACUUGAUAAUAACUACAUUAAGCAGGCACAAUAAAUGACUUCGCCAAAGCCAUUAGUCAAUCAAAAUAGAAUUCUACCUCCUGAAAAUUAUAUUAUAUAGGAGUUGAAUGAAUCAGCCUCUGAGAAGACAACAGAAAGUCUAAACAAAGAUAAUAAUCAGUAGAAUCCUUUAGAAGUCCCACUUCUUCACGUAGAUAUAAAGCACGGCAAUAACUAAGUCACUAGACUGAGUAUAUUUGAGGGAGACAAUGUGCCUCAAAUAGCUGAAGAUUUCUCUAAAAGAUACGACAUUACCUCUGACGUGAAGGAAAAAUUGAUUUAGUAUGUGCAGUCGCAAAUGAAACGACUUCUAAAGCAUCAUAGAAAUUAGCCCUGA